AAUCCAUCGCAUUUCACUCACUCUCACUCUCACUCUCACUCUCACUGUCUCUGAUACAAUAAUGGUUUGUAGUAAAACAACAGUGGUGUUGAGGAGGAGAACCCAGGCUCCAAAGCCUCUCUCUCCCAAAUCAAGGGGAGAUUACAUGGACACUUGCUGCGAAGAAUGUGGGUCCGGCGACUUCGCCGCGGAGCUUCUUCUCUGCGACAACUGCGACAGAGGGUUUCACCUCUUCUGCCUCAGACCCAUCCUUGUCUCCGUCCCCAAUGCCUCCUGGUUCUGCCCUUCCUGUUCUCUUCACAAGAAACCCCAAAGUUUUCCUCUUAUUCAAACAAAAAUUGUUGAUUUCUUUCGUAUCCAAAGGUCUUCAGAACCAGCAAAGAAGCUUAGUCAAGAUAUUCGAAAAAGACGAAGGCGAACAAGUAGCUUGAGAAUGUCAAAGAAGAGAAGGAAGUUGUUGCCAUUCAACCCAAGUGAGGAUCCUACGAGGAGAUUAGAACAGAUGGCAUCUUUGGCCACAGCAUUGAUGGCAACAGGGGCAGACUUCAGCAAUGAGCUUACUUACAUGCGAGGCAUGGCCCCAAGGUCAGCAAAUUGUGCAUCUUUGGAGCAGGGUGGAAUGCAGGUUUUGUCUAAAGAAGACAUGGAAAGCCUAUACUCAUGCAAGAACAUGAUGGAGCGAGGGGAAUGGCCACCCCUUAUGGUUGUUUUUGAUCCUCAAGAAGGAUUCACUGUAGAGGCAGAUAGAUUCAUUAAGGAUUUAACUAUAAUUACAGAAUAUGUUGGAGAUGUUGAUUACUUGAAAAAUCGUGAAAAUGAUGAUGGUGAUAGUAUGAUGACACUUAUUUCUGCUGCUGAUUCUUCAAAAAGCCUUGUCAUAUGUCCUGACAAGCGAAGUAACAUAGCUCGCUUCAUAAAUGGCAUCAAUAAUUACACACCGGAUGGAAAAAAGAAACAGAACUUAAAAUGUGUGAGAUUUGAUGUCAACGGUGAGUGUCGGGUUCUACUGAUUGCAAACAGAGACAUACCAAAGGGAGAGAGAUUGUACUAUGACUACAACGGAUACGAGCAUGAAUAUCCGACUGAGCACUUUGUCUAGCCCUCUAGUCCUUGAUAUACUCGUUUUAAAGCAAUUGGCAACUGACUAGCUAACUGUACACCCUUUUUUGAAUCCAUUCUGAAUUUAACUUCCAUUGUAUAAGAAUUUUGAUGCUUUGAAGAGAAAGAAAUUGAAAAUGUUCUAUUUGUUUCUGUUGUCUAACGUAAA